GGUGAAUAUGUAAGGGUGGUUAGAGUUUCCCCCGGUCUCCAGUAAAGUGGAGCAGCAGAAGAUCCAGCUCUGAUCAGCAGCUCCACACCUCUGUACUCAGACUGCUCUGCUGGAGGAACACCAUCAGCUCACCUGCUGCAGAAUUGAAUCAUAUGCUGUUCCAAGUCUUAUCCUGAUCCCAGUGUCAACAUUCCUAAACUGACUAAUUUUACCAACGAUUUUAAGCUGCUGAACGAAGGGGAGAACAUGGCAUCCAGAGAAAUCUCCAAUACUCAACAAACACCCUCUUCUACACCUCCCACACAAAUGCAGGAAAGUACAGGCAAGAAGAAAACUCACGACUGCUCAGACUGUGGGAAGUGUUUUAAUCAACUGAGUCAUCUCCAGCGACACCAGCGCAUUCACACUGGAGAGAAACCGUAUCAGUGUUCAGAGUGUGGGAUAAGUUUUAAAAAUGAGAGUCAUCUCAAAGAACACCAUCGCAUUCACACUGGAGAGAAACCGUAUCACUGUUCAGACUGUGGAAAGAGUUUUACUCAACAGAAUAUCCUUACAAGACACCGGCGCAUUCACACAGAACACAAACCAUAUCACUGUCCAGAGUGUGGAAAGAAUUUUAAUCAACAAUGUCAUCUCCAAAAACACCUGCGCAUUCACACUGGAGAGAAACCAUAUUACUGCUCAGACUGUGAGAUAGGUUUUAAAACUCUUAGUCAUCUCAAAGAACACCAGCGCACUCACACUGGAGAGAAACCGUAUCACUGCUCAGACUGUGGGAAGAGUUUUAUUCAACAGAGUAUCCUUACCAAACACCAGCGCAUUCACACUGGAGAGAAACCAUAUUACUGCUUAGAGUGUGCAGUGAGCUUUAGGUAUUUACAAACGUUCAAGAAACAUAAGUGCGUAAAGAGCAGUCUUGAAAAUGGGCAGUGACACACCUUAAACCUUUCAAGAUCCCAAACCUGGUUUUAAACAGUUUCUGAAGCAUAUUCAUAAACAAAAUAUAGUUUUAAUAAGUGUAAUGUUCAGCUUUCAGCCUAAACACUUCAGCCACAUGAGGCCUAGCAUUGACCUGCAUCAGAAGGAACCCAGGGCCCACUGCACUAGCAUAUGGUCUCAUAAUGGGUCUGAGAUUCUCAUCUCGGUACCUAAUGGCAGUCAGGGAACCUCUGGCAAACACAUGAAGGUCUGUACGGCCCUCCAAAGAAAUGCCACCCCACACCAAUACUGACCCACUGCCAAACCGGUCAUGCUGGAGGAUGUUGCAGCAGCAUAAUGUUCUACAUGGCGUCUCCAGACUUUUUCAUGUCUCACAUGCUCAGUGUAAACCUGCUUUUAUCUGUGAAGACCACAGGGCGCCAACGGCGAAUCUGCCAAUCCCAAUCCCUGUGAAGGUCGGGCCCUCAUACCACCCUUAUGGAGUUUGAGCAGAAAUAUGGAUAUUAGUGGCCUGCUGGAGGUCAUUUUACAGGGCUCUUGCACUGCUCCUGCUGUGCCUCUUUGCACAAAGGAGGAGGUAGCGGUCCUACUGCUGGGUUGUUCCUGGUCAACACCUGCAGAACCACCCCUUUAUAGGGGUUGUCUUGCUAAUUUCCUCUUAUUUCUACCUGUUGUCUGAGGGCGUAAGAGCGGGUUUGACAUUGGGAGGGACUCUAGUGUCUUAGAACAACAUUUGUGGAAUUACUUUUAAUCACAAAUGAACCAUUUUUCUGUUAUGCUGUUUAUUAUUAGUUACAUCCAAGUAAAGGUCACUUUACAACCUAAACAUGUUACUUCACAUUACAUUUAGUGUUAAAAAAACUGUGUAAUGUCUGAAUUAUAUACAUAUAUGACAAAAACUGAUGAAUAUUUAAAAUAACAGAUGUUAUUAUUAUUAUUUAUAUUAUUAUGUAUUGGCACAUCAAUUCUGUUGUAUAUUUGUAUAUUUACAUUUACUCCACUCUUAAAAAAAAAAAAAAAAACUCAGUAGUGUUGGGUCCUGUGUUUUUCAUUUUUUUGACUGAAAGUACUUCUUAUGAUGGUGAUCUUUUACAUAAAAGAAUGCAACCUUAUCUUUCAUAGAGAUUUUUGGCAGAAGUUAAUAAAACAUUGUGGUAGAUGACCCAAACCCUCCUAGUUUGUUAGUAUCAUGAGCUUUUACUAAAGGACCAGAUAUAUAUUCCAUCAGUAAAUCCAUUCCUCAAAAACGUAUGCAAAACAGUACAUCAACAAUGGAUUUUAUUUAACAGUGUAAUAAUGUAAACAGUUAACUUGUAUACCUUUUAUGACACUGAAACAAAUCAUUGAAAGAAAUAUUAAUAAAUAUUAGUCCUAAGGGGCCUACACUAUUAACCCUACUGUUAUGUUACGGGUCAAACUGAUCUGUCUUGAAGUUUGAAUAUGUUGAAGAUGCAAUAUUAUGUAAAACUACUGUUUUAUAUGUUGAUCUUUCAAAAUUAGUAGGGAAA